AUGAGUGAUCGUACUCAUCGAGGUCGUACUCUACUACACAUUGCUGCAAAUAACGGCCAGUACGAGAUAGUAGAGUGGCUACUAUCACUUGGGGCAGAUCCCUCUGUCGCUGACAAAGAGGGAUGGAUGCCGCUGCAUUUGGCAGCUACAGCAGAUCUAGCAACAGCAAAACUACUCUACCAGGCCGGCGCAGAUGUACAUGCUUAUAAUAAUCAAGGCUGUACUGUACUACGCAUUGCUGCAAGUCAGGGCCAGCGUGAGAUUGUGGAGUGGCUGUUGUUGCUUGGGGCAGAUCCCCAUGCCACUGACGAAAACGGAUGGACGCCAAUCCACAGUGCAGCUACA